AUGGCUAAGUUGGAGGGGAUCACCCACAAGUCCUUCAUCUUGCUCGUCGUGGGGGAAAUGUUGAACAUGUCGGCUGCAUACGCAUCGCAAACAUACUCCCACUGGUGGACGCUCAACGGCUGGGAGCCCUCUGAGAUAGCUGGCUUUGCGCUGCUGAUUGGCCUGCUGUCUCCAUUGGCGCUCUGUAUCAUCUUCGGGCUACUGGCGCGGAUGAAUCGCUGGGGCCCUUGGGCAAUGCGCGACUUCACCUGUUUGCUGCCACCUGGGUCCCUGUUGAGAGCGUUGGCCUUGUGGGAUCUUGGCAACCUUCACUUCCGUUCACAGAUCUUCGUUGUGGCCGUGCUUUUGUCCGUCUGCGUGGAUGUCGCGCAUGGGGCCGCCGUGUGGUCGUCGAUCAUGACGAUUCUUGGCAACAAGUGGUACGCACUGAAGGGGUGCUAUCUCUGCCUCACGCUCGCCUGCGUUUGCUCGUCUCUGUCGCCGAGCAUUGGGCAUUUCCUUGGCGUUGCCAUCACAGGGGCAUCGCCUCUCUACGACAACAUCACGCUGCACAAGCCCGUCUCCGGCAAGGGGGCCUUCAGUGAUGCUACGUUCUGGGCCGUCGUUCCGCUGGCGACGAUGAGCUACGUCUUGCAGAUCAUGGCGAUGCGUUACUUCAACAAUGACAUCCUGACCUUCAAGGGCCACGGAAAUCUCCUGCCCGACGGUUCAGUCACAGGAGCCAGCUCGAGCCUGGAGUCGGUGGCGACAUGGCAGGUCAAGCGCCGGCGGAAAGCGGCACUUAAGCCGGCGGAGGCGAAUCAGGACACGGGGAAAGACAAGAAGAAGAAGGAGCAAAAGAAACAAGACAUCCGCGCGCUUUUGGAAGCCGCACAGUUGCCGGAGCUCGACCCCAUCCAACCUGAGGUGGUGCCUCGGAAUCAGCGCAGCUCACACGGCACCCUUCUACACGAGCCCGGCAAGGACAAGGGGGACAAGGACAGCGAGUCCUUGUCUCCCAAAUCACCGUCUCCGCAUGGGCUACGCGGCAGAGCCCGCAGCCGCGGUAGCGCCACCAGUCGAAGCGGUCGCAGCCGCGGCGCCAGCUCGUUCACAAGUUACACCAGCCAAACUUCCUUGUCCGACGAUGAGACCCAUGCGGCUGCAGGGGUGGGGCUGCAGGCUGCACAGACCACAGUCUUCCAAAGGCGCGGCGUGAGCUGA